GUUUUUCUGCUGACAGGUAUGUCUAGUUUCUCCACCAUAUGCGCGGCGUCGAUCUUGCAACCGUGACGUCACCUCCAUUCUUCUUAGCUCCUGUAUCCUUGGUUGAAGUAGGCAGUUGCUGGGCGGAGCGACCCUCUGUCUUCGCCGCCCCAGCCGCUGAGCCCUCAGCUGAGAAGAGAGCUCUGCUUGUUCUUGAGUGGGUGCUGCUGUCGCUAAAGCGUCAAUUCUAUGCUGGUGAUGUCGAUGGCACUGGCACUAUAAAGAAGCCGCUGAAUGCCUUUUUGGGUGAACUGUUUGUCGCUAGCUGGAAUGAUGACGAUAUCGGCGACGGCGAUAGUGGGUUGCCUAUAGCCACUACGCAUCUGGUGGUCGAACAAGUCUCACACCAUCCCCCAACAACAGGAGUAUACAUUUGGGACCCUAAGAAUGGAAUCAAAGCCCAGGCGUUUUCGCGUGUCAAAAUGGUCUUCAACACAGGUUUUGGAUCUGAAGAUGCGACCGGCUUGGGCAUCGAUGUCAUCCAAUACGGCCAUGGCAUGCUGCACAUAGACAAGUUCCAAGAGGACCACCUCAUCCCAGCCCCCCGGGCGCGAGUCAAGGGUCUGCUCUCUGGUCGUCUCUAUCCAGAACUUGUGGGAACGUGCUACGUGGUAUCUUCCAGCGGCUUCGUUUCGGAAAUCCAAUUCUCCCCGCCAGACGAUACGAGCCGCGGCGACCGAAGGAAUAGAUUUAAGGCCUGUAUGUAUCGUCGUGAUGAUCCGGCGAGGAGGCCCUUGUACACUGUGUCGGGAAAGUGGAAUGGUUUCUUUUCCAUCAGCGAUGCUCGGUCGGGAGAGGUCAUUAAGACUCACGACAGGACGAAUACUAGGCCCGUUCCAGCCAAUGCACUCAACAUAGAUGACAUGGACCCUUGGGAAACGCGGCGCGCUUGGUGUCCCGUGGUCAAAGCUCUUCAUAGUGGCGACAUGGUGGAAGCGGCCAAGCAGAAGUCGAAGCUGGAGAAGGCGCAGCGUGUAAUGCGAAGUAUUGAGGAAAGAGGUGGCAUUGAAUGGUCACCUCUCAUCUUCCGGAGGAGAGAGGAGAGAGACGAAAGGUUUCAGGGGCUGGUGUCUGCAGUCAAAUGGCCGUCAGAGGAAGGAGAGGUUGUGUGGGUCGUAGAUGAGGAGAAGGCACAAUCACUUAGAAAGCCGUUCCGGAAGAACUUGACGCCCUUUGGAUACCUUUAG